AUGGCGUCUAUCGAGACUGAUCCGUCGACCCAGAGCAGGAAGCUCGUUCUCUGUUUCGAUGGCACAGGCAACUCUUUCAGUGGCUCAGGCUCUGACACCAACGUGGUGAAGCUCUUGCGUAUGCUUGACCGCAACGACAAACACCAGUACCACUAUUACCAGACUGGCAUCGGAACGUACGAUGUCGACGAUACCAGCGUCAACAAGAACUGGGUCAGCGAAAUGCGUAGCAGCAUCUCACAGAAGAUCGACAUGGGCUUUGGUACCACAUUCGAUUCCCAUGUCAUCGCUGGAUACAGAUUCCUUAUGCGCUACUACGAGACUGGAGAUAGAAUCUACAUCUUCGGGUUCAGUCGUGGAGCCUUCACCGCUAGGUUCUUGGCUCGUAUGGUCAACACUGUUGGUCUUCUCUGCAAAGGCAACGAAGAGAUGGUACCCUUUGCAUACAAGCUUUAUCAGAACCGCCUGUCCAAAGACAAAGAAAAGGAUAUAAAAAGCAAGGGUGGCGCUCAAAACAACGAGAACAGUGUCGGCGGUGCCCAAGCGACCGAAAAUACAAAGGAUCCCACCGUUGAUAUCCAGGAAGCCACGCCUGUGAGCCCACCAUACACGCCAGUUGACGAAGCCUUCCCCAACGGAAUCAGCAGCUCCAGUGACGCAGGCAAAAAGCCCAAGGGCUGGAGGAAGAGGGGCAAGAGGGAUGAGAUCAAGGCCUUCAGCAAGGCCUUCUGUCGCAAGGAAGAGAGUGAUCACGGAAGAGACAAUAUUAAGGUCUUCUUUCUCGGCAUGUGGGAUUGCGUCAACUCUGUGGCAGUUCUCGAGCAGGUCGGCGACAAGCCGUCCUCAGUGAUGGGUACCGCAAACUAUGUCCGUCAUGCUGUUGCCGUGGACGAGUUCCGAGUCAAGUUCAAGCCUGCGCUUCUCGCGCAAGAUGUCGCCGAGGUUUCCAGGGGAAAGCACCACCACGAAGAAGAUAUCAAGGAGGUCUGGUUCCCUGGUAAUCAUGGCGACGUUGGCGGCGGCUGGUCGGUUAUCAAAGAUGACCCAAACUGGAAAGCCAAAGAAUUCAAACGGAUCAAAGAUGAGAAGGCGAAGAACAACGAUGCUAGGAUUGAUGAUUAUCCCGACUACUUGAAAACCCCAACUUUUUGGAAUAAGUUUUUGAGCUUCUUUGGAAGAGAAGAUAAGGAGGAGGAGCUCGAUGAUACUGAGGAUCUGCAGCUGAGCGACGUUCCUCUUUCCUGGAUGAUCCGUGAGCUUGAACUCGCGGACCAGGAGUAUGAGGCGAAGACGGGCAAGACAGGCCUGAAGUGGCGGCCAAGGCGCUUGGAAAGGUUCAAGUUCAGCAUCUACCAGGACAAGAUGAAGCAGGAGCAGGCUUUGAAUGGAUGGAUUCACGACCUCCUUCGACUUGGAAAGGGAAUGGGCUACUUUAAGCCGUUGAUGUGGUACCUCCUUGAAAUUUGCCCUCUUAUCAAAAGAUGGGAACUCGACGACGAUUCCAGGCAGUGGAAAAUUUGCCAGUGGCCACUCAACAAGGGCGGUGCUCGAGACAUACCUCGCAACGCAAUCUUGCAUGAGUCUCUACACCGACGCCUUCAUAACGAUGAACACUACCAGCCACAGAAUAACCAUGGUAACUUGAAGGAGGCGUGCUUGAAGAAGAACCGCAUGCAUUAUGAUCCUCAUACGACUCAUCACGGAGAUUGUGCAGAGAGUUGUUUCCACAAUACCUGGAAGUUCAAGGCCCACGGAGAUAACGCGGCUAAGAUCACAUCUCAGACGACGAGCUAA